AUGAGAGAUUUGAACAAAUUUGUAUAUAGAAUGGGUAGUGCAUGUCAAUGUAAUUCGGUAACUUGUGGAGUAAACUGUUCAGAUGAAUCUAGUAAUAGAAUUAUAUCAGAUAUUAUCGUCAGUAAAUUUGUAAGGUGCUUGGCUUGUGCUAUAAAAAAAGAAAUCCUUCACGGAUAUAAUCAACAAGAAAGCGCGGGAAAACUUAAUAACAAAAAAUCAAUAGAUAGGGCGGUUAUGCUAAAAGAAGUAAAAUCUACCACCAGCUCUGGUUCAAAAAGAAUCAUUACUGACCAAUUUUCUGCUAAGGGAAACAAAGGCAGUUCUAGUGAGAAGUCUCAUUCAUUAAAAAGUAAAACCGGGAAAGAUCCUGAAAAGGCUACCCGUAAAACCAUAAAUCAGGAUUUGGUCACUAAAAAGAUAGCGAAAAAAUCCAAGCAGAAAGAGGCAAAACUAAAUAAUCCUCUGGAGUAUUCUAGUACAAUUCACUGUAAAAAAGUACGUGAUAACAAAGUUGUGGCGACCUCUCAAGAAUGCAUUGACACGGAAAACAUAAACAGGCUUUCGGAGACAAAGCAGGAUCAUUAUGAUGACAUGUGUGUAGUUUGUCAAAGACAUUCGUUAUAUUAUACUCUUAAGGGAUGUAUGUUACGUAAGAAUAAGAAUUACGAAAGUGAUUGCCCAAAAAACAUGGAACGUGAAAAUUGUCCAGACGAAAUCGAAUCAAAUUUUCAACUCUUAAAUUCAGGUGGCUGUUAUUAUUAUGAAGAGAAUGAAUGUUGUUGUGAAUCAUGCUGCAGAGUAUGUAGAAUUUAUGAAUACUAUUACACGAAUCAGGAAAGUGACGAUCGGAAAGUAAGUGGCUAUGACUCUACAAUUGAAAAUAAUUUAUAA